CCGCGGUCAACAACAAACUCUCUGUGCUCGGAGGGGGAGUUGUCCGCGGAUUUAAAUUACACUUAAACUCCUGUUAACUAUUUACCUUAUUUCUGUAACGACUUUCUUUUUUUUGUACAUAAUGACAAUAAUUAAUUUUAUCGAAUUAAAUCAUAAUUAUGUCACGCGAAUCUACAAGUCGUUGUUCGGAGGCUGAACAUAAAUGUAAGCUAACUUUCUUUAGCUAACUUUAACUGAUCCACCAACGGCUGACUUAGCCGAAUCAACAUGGCGCUAAAAUGUUAAAUUGAUUCUAUGACCGUUGUUGUCACAGCAGCGGACUUUAACGAACGUGUUGAAGUUUCCCCAUUGGACGGAGGAGUCGCUCAGUCGUACGUCCGACCGUUUAUGCAAAUCCGCUCAGCCCGAAUAUGGACACGGAGGAAUGAAAUAUGGUGGAGGAGGCGAACAUGGAGGACCGAGGACCGUGAGAGCGCUGCGGUAGUGUUUUUUUUUUUCUUUUUUCUUUUCUUUUUUUUUUUUUAGGGGGGGUAGCAAGAAGAAACGUGGAUGUACCUCCAGCGGGACGUUUUCUGCGGACAACCUCGGUGGAAAGUUUUGUAUUUGCGUCUCCAUUCUGUGCGCCGACAAGUGCGUCGAGGUCGAGUUUGUUGUAAUGCAGUGAAGAGCGACUUUUUCGGGGGGAUAAAAAGCAGGGCAGAGGGCUUCAGCCCUCUCACCAUCCCGACGCUAUGCCGUGGGUCAGCGGCGGUAAGCGGAGAGAGAGCUCGGAGCUGCCGCUGCCCGCGGGCUGGGAGGAAGCCCGGGAUUACGAUGGCAGAGUGUUUUUUAUCGACCACAACACCCGGCAAACUUCAUGGAUUGACCCCAGAGAUAGGAUCACCAAACCACUGACGUUUGCCGACUGUGUUGGAGAUGAACUGCCUCUCGGGUGGGAGGAAGUUUAUGACCAGCAAGUGGGAGUUUACUACAUAGACCACAUCAACAAGACCACCCAGAUUGAGAACCCGCGGACUCAAUGGCGGCAAGAGCAGGAACGCAUGCUGAAGGAGUACCUUGUGGUGGCCCAGGAGGCCCUCAAAGCCAAGAAGGAGAUGUACCUGGUCAAGCAGCAGCGUCUGGAGCUGGCUCAGCAGGAAAUGUUGCUCUUCCACGAGCUCUCUGAGGACAACCGCUCCAUAACCAGCACGCUCUCAGGCUCAUCCUCAAACGCGAAAUACGACCCCGACCAAAUCAAAGUGGAAAUAGCUUGUAGAAGGGAACGGCUCUCCAGACUGAAGCAGGAGCUGGCCCAGGUGAAGCAGGAGCUGCAGUAUAAGGAAAUGGGAGUGGAGACCCUGCAGGAGAUCGACAGGAAGAUGUCCUGCAGUCAGACGAAUUACAAGCUGGACGAGGCUCAGGCCAUCUUCAACGAGCUGCGGAGCAUCAAGAAGGCCAUCAGCACAGGCGAGAAGGAGAGGCAGGACCUCAUCCAGAGCCUGGCUAAGCUGACGGUGAACUUCCAAAGCAGCUUGUCUAUCGGCGACCCGGCCGGCGAGGUGGCGAACAGCACUGGAACCGCGGGUGACUCCUGCAAUCUGCAGCAGUACUGUGACACUGGCUGUCAGACUGACAUCAUGGGAGAGUAUGGUUCCCAAGAUUCCUCGCAUUUGGUGGACAAAGUAAAAGUCAACUGGCAAUAUGAGGAAGCCAAGAAAAAGGUGCAGAGUAUACAGCACCAGCUAGCACAGCUGGACAGUGAGAGCUGGUCGGGGCGGGCCGAGGCGGACCGCGACCGGGACUUCAUGCAGCUUCUGCGCGAGAAGGAGGCCCUCCUGCAGGAGAUCAUCCUGGUCAGCAAGCAGCAGCACUCUGCAGAGACGCUACUGCAGCUGGAGGAGGAGCGAUCCAGGUUGGAGGAGGAGGUGCAAAGGGCCCACAGCUCCCAGAGUCAGGGAGCCAAUCAGAGGAUCCUGCAGCAGGAGAAGAGGAAUGUUCUGCUCAGGCAGCUGGAGGAGGCGACACGAAUCACCACCUACCUUCACUCCCAGCUGAAGAGCCUGUCGGCCAGUUCUCUGACAGUGUCGUCCAGCAGCAGCCGUGGCUCUCUCGCCUCUAGUCGGGGCUCGCUGGCGUCCAGCCGAGGCUCCCUCAGCUCCAUCAGUUUCAGUGACAUUUAUGGCGUCCCGCAAUAUGAGCGCCACGACGGGGCUGGGGAGCCGCUCGACCCCCACCUGCGCUACCUGCUGCAACCUGAGACACUGUCCAGAGACUGCUCCAUGUAUACUCCUGAUCCCCUGACCCAGAGCAAAACCAAACGCUCCCACGACACCCCGCAGUCCCUGGCCUCCCUGUCCUCCCGAUCCUCGCUCUCCUCCCUGUCGCCACCCAGCUCUCCCAUGGACACACCCUACCACUCCGCCCCUCAGGACUGCCCUCUCACCCAGAUGACGGAGGAGUACAUGGAGCAGGCGGGUCGUGGCCUGUUAGAGGGGCUGCGGGCGCAGUCUCAAACCCUGUCACACAGCGCCAUGUUGAGUGGUGAGGACGCGUUGAGCCCAGCCGCUGUGCAUCAACUGGACGGCAAGAGUCACAGAGAGAGCGGGGCUCAGGGGGCUUUCACCUCCACAGGAGUGACUCUGAGGGGAAACAGUGGCAACAGGAGUGGCCGAAGAGCUCGGAGAGUGUCUGCAGGCGUGUCGGAGGAUGCUCUGGCAACUGACAGCGGUGUGUUCGAGGCCUGGGGCAGAAGGGCGGAGGAGUCUGACGAGAUGUCCUACAUGAAAGAGCUAACCUCUGUGAGCGAGCCCACCCAGAUCCAGCUGGGACUUCUAUGGGAGUCCAGUUCUCAGUCUCUUCGGCUACAUCUGCUACAGCUCAAGAAUUUGAACAGAUCCACUGUGAGAGACGGCUAUAAAGUGUACGUGAAGGUGCACUUGAUUCCACUGGACGCCGGCAGGGCCUGUGUGUUUUACUGUUGUACAGCGUUGGAGCCACAGUCCCAAAUGAGCUUCAACGAAGGCUUCUGCAUUCCUGUCCCUACAAACGCCCUGGCGGUGUGUGCUCUGCAGCUGUCCGUCUGCUCGCUGGGACCUCAGGCUCAGGAGGAGCUACUGGGUACAGCCCAGGUGAGCCUUGCAGACUGUGAGGGAAGUGCCGAGAUGGUUUACCACUGGCUGCGAGUGCAGAUGUUGAGCGGGACUGAGUUGCCCAGGCCUGAACACAAGAGCCUUAGCCACCGCAGACACCACGACAGCCAGGAGGACGAGCACAGGCCCAGAGCCAUGGACACUGUGUGCACUCUGCUGUCACGCACCACCAACACCACCAACACUUCCCAUCUGGAGGAGCGUGAAGGAGAGCUGGAGCUGCAGAGGCUGGAGAAGAAGGACGAGCCGGGCGAGGCGGCAUCUGAGAGGAGUUGGCAGGCAGAGUCUGUGGACAGCGGCUGCAGCAACAGCACAGCGUUCACAGCCGCCUGCUCAGAGGGGCUGUGUGCAGAGGGCAUCUGCAUCACCACCGGAGGGCGCUGUGAGCAGACGACCAGCAAACUCUCCACGAUGAAGGUGGAGAAGGCCACCAUGACGGAGGGCGUGUUCCCGGAGCUGGUGCGAGUCCGGCCCAAAGAGAGGGGAGGUCGCUGGGGUCACGCCUCGCCAUUCAUGCGCGGCAGCACCAUCGUUCGCUCUCAGACCUUCUCUCCCGGCGCUCGGAGUCAGUAUGUCUGCCGGUUAUAUCGCAGCGACAGUGACAGCUCAACUCUACCAAAGAAAUCUCCCUUCGUCAGGAACACCUUGGAAAGAAGAACAUUGCGGUAUAAACAGCAGUCGUACCGCUCCUCCCUUGCCGAGCAGCCGACACGUACCUCCCUGGACCUGGAGCUGGAUCUCCAGGCCUGCAGGACGCGUCAGAGGCAGCUGAUGGAGGAGCUGAGCGCACUGAGGGAGCUGAAGCUGCGACUGGAGGAACCGCAGGCCAGGGAGGACCCGGAGCUCCCCCACUGGGCCCUGAGGGACGAGCGCUUCCGCUGCCUGCUCAGAGAGGCCCAGAGACAGGCCAGCCAAAGCAAGCAGGAGCAACGUCAGGAGGAGGCGGCAGAGAGGAGGCUGAGGAAGGCUUCCAAAGAGGUUCUGCAGAUGAGGGGGCAGAGCCAGAAGGAGCCCCUGCCGGUGCAGACGUUCAGAGAGAAGAUGGCUUUUUUUACUAGACCAAGGUUCAACAUACCUCCUUUGCCAGCUGACGAUGUAUGAGAACUUGCCUCUGUAUUAUUAUUAUUAUUAUUAUUAUUAUUAUUAUGUGACUAAACAUGAAGUAUUUGUCAAAUUUUCUGAGCUCAUGAAGUACAAAGUUUUUUCAAACAAGGAUGUGGGCAGGAUGACACGCAGAUCAUGUUGAAGAUUAGAAGGUUUCACAUUUUCAGAAGCGUUUGUGCGGCUAUUAUAAACAUGAACACAAUAGACACACACACACACUCAGUUAUCGACAACAGCACGGCCGUUCAUCUCCUCUCGGGGGAAGACGUCUCUCAUGAGGAAACAUUAUCUCUCUAUUCCUGUAUGAGUUACAGAUCCUGUUGUUUGUGCUUACAAAAGGCUGGAAGACGGGAACAAAAGUCGGUUUGGACAAAUUCACUGUACUGUAACUUAUUUUAUAGUACUUUUCCUUGAAGGAAAUUAAAAGAAACGCUUCCUGCUUUUUAAGUGUAUUUUGUAGCUUUGAACAAAUAGCACUUCAAUGUUUUUACAUACGGUUAAAUGGAACUGUCUGAUUUUGUUUUCUGUUACCUAAUUCUUAAGAGUUAUUUACAUAAAAUGUCACUUUGUAAUCCACUUUUAUUACAGAUGUCAUUGUCCUUUUGUUGUUAUGUUAUUAAAAUUAAUAUUAUUUCAUGUACUUUUCAAUAUAUGGAUGAAUAUAUGACACAUUAUUCAGAUUUUUUUUUUUAUGAUGUCUGUAUGAACAUCUGCAGUGUUACCUCUUGUGAAGAUAAAACCAUUAAACCACA